AUGGGUAAUUGUUGUCCAAAGGGCGAUGUACAUUCGGAGAGAAGCUCUGUUGCCAACACUUUAGUAGAGGAAGUGGAAUAGGCCAAGAUGAAAGUCACCCAACCUAUGCAAACUAGCCAAAAUUUAGCUUCAAGUAGCAACGUAUUGGCAGUACAAAAACCGAAAGUUUAAGUUAAUAGAGAUGACUUUGUUAAAAUCGAUAUUUUGGGAAGUGUAAUAAACAAUUAUUAUAACAAAGGGAGCCUUUGGAGUGGUUUUUAAGGUGAGAUAGAAAAGGACAAAUAAAAUAUAUGCUAUGAAAUAGAUAGAGAAAGAGAAAAUAUUCAAAAACAAGUUACAGAGUAAUACUGUUUUAGAAAGAAAUGUUUUAAAGUAAAGUAAGCACCCUUUUAUUGUCCGUUUAAAAUAUGCAUUUCAAACAAAUUUACAUAUUUAUUUUGUGAUGGAAUACAUUGCAGGAGGAGAAUUCUACAAGAUUCUGAGUCAGGUGAAGACAGGGUUGCCAGAAAAUGUAGUAAAAUUUUUGGCUGCAGAGGUAGUGUUGGCUCUUGAAUACUUGAAUACAAAAUUAAAAGUGAUAUAUAGAGAUUUAAAACCAGAGAAUUUGUUACUAACAACAACUGGACAUGUUAAAUUGACAGAUUUUGGAUUGGCAACGAUGAGAAGAGAAAAUGGAGAGAAAUCAUACACUGUAAUAAAUAAAUAUUAAUAAUAAUAUAGGUUGCUGGGACUGCAGAAUAUCUUGCACCAGAAAUAGUCAACAAGUCAGGGCAUUCAUAUGAAGUGGAUAUCUGGACAUUUGGAAUAUUGAUUUAUGAGAUGAUAAAUGGUUUCACACCUUUUCGGGAUUCAAAUAAUGACUUCAAGAUUAUUUCUCAAAACAUUAUAGAAAAUCAACCUGUGUAUCCUUAAAAGAUGUCCUCUCAAAGUGUAGAUUUGAUUAAACAGAUCUUGCAGACUAAUCCAUCAGAGAGAUUAGGAGUGAAGGUAAAGAAGCUAAUAUUCAUAAAUAGGGAGAUGGAUAUGCUGAAUUAAAACGACAUGCAUUUUUUAAUGGUAUCAUUUGGGAUCAAUUGUAAAAUUUGAAAGUGACAUCUCCUCUGAAAACAUUUGCUGAAAGAAAUGCUCAGAAAAUAAAUAAAUAACCCUAGAAUUUUAAAAAUACUCCUUGUAAUCCAUAGAGUCCCAAACAAAAAAUUGAUGAUAUCUCUUUUGAAGAAGAAGGUGGUACCUUAUCUUCAUAUUUUUGAAAUUAUUAUUCAAUAAAU